GCGUGACCAGUGUUCUGCCUUUUAUUUCAUUGGAUGUUACUCCCUGAUGCUUAGCGGUGUGAUUCUCCGGUAGGAUGCGGCCGAGCCUUUUGUGUCGGGCGGCUUGAGUGGGAGAGGCCCCUGAGAGAGGACACCGGCUGCUUUGGAGGUUACAAUAGUGCUGAAACUUAAAGGCUGACACCAUGGGGGACGACAGUGAGUGGAUGAAACUUCCCAUUGACCAGAAAUGUGAACAUAAGGUAUGGAAAGCAAGGCUAAAUGGGUAUGAGGAAGCUAUGAAGCUCUUCCAGAAACUAGAUGAGAAAAGCCCUGAAUGGUCUAAAUAUCUGGGUCUGAUCAAGAAGUUUGUUACGGAAUCCAAUGCUGUUGCCCAAUUGAAAGGCUUGGAAGCUGCUCUUGUCUUUGUAGAAAAUGCACAUGUUGCAGGAAAAACAACCGGUGAAGUGGUCUCAGGAGUUGUUAAUAAGGUGUUUAACCAGCCAAAAGCCAGAGCUAAAGAACUGGGUGCAGAUAUUUGUUUGAUGUAUAUAGAGAUAGAGAAAGCUGAAGCCGUGCAAGAAGAGUUGCUAAAGGGUCUGGAUAACAAGAACCCAAAGAUUGUGGUGGCUUCUGUAGAAACCUUGAGGCGAGCACUGAGUGAGUUUGGAUCUAAGAUAAUGUCCUUGAAGCCAAUUAUUAAAGUGUUGCCAAAAUUAUUUGAGUCUCGAGAAAAGGCUGUCCGAGAUGAAGCCAAACUCUUCGCUGUGGAGAUAUACCGCUGGAUCCGAGAUGCCCUGAGGCCUCCGUUACAAAACAUUAACCCUGUGCAACUUAAAGAGUUAGAAGAAGAAUGGGUGAAACUUCCACAGUCUGCUCCCAAACAAACUCAUUUCCUGCGUUCUCAGCAAGACCUUAAAGCUAAGUUUGAGCAGCAGCAGGCAUGUGGUGGUGAUGCUGGAGGGGAGGAGUGUGAAGAGGAGGAUGCUGUGCCACAGGUGGAUGCCUAUGAGCUACUUGAAGCUGUUGAAAUUCUCGCCAAGCUGCCCAAAGAUUUUUAUGAUAAAAUUGAGGCCAAAAAGUGGCAAGAGAGAAAGGAGGCUUUGGAAGCUGUGGAGAUCCUAGUGAAAAAUCCCAAGAUUGAACCUGGUGACUUUGCAGACCUUGUGAAAGCUCUAAAGACGGUUGUUGGUAAAGACACUAAUGUUAUGCUUGUCGCCCUUGCUGCCAAAUGCCUGACUGGUUUAGCAACUGGCCUCAGGAAGAAGUUUGGGACUUACGCUGGACAUGUUGUGCCAACAAUACUAGAAAAAUUUAAGGAGAAGAAGCCUCAGGUUGUCCAGGCACUUCAGGAAGCAAUAGAUGCCACUUUCCUAACAACUACUUUACAAAACAUUAGUGAAGAUGUCUUGGGAGUAAUGGACAACAAGAACCCAGCAAUAAAACAGCAAGCUUCUCUGUUCCUUGCAAGAAGCUUCCGACACUGCACACCUUCUACUCUGCCCAAGAGUUUGCUGAAACCUUUCUGUGCAGCACUACUCAAGCAAAUAAACGACUCUGCCCCAGAAGUGAGAGAUGCAGCGUACGAAGCUCUGGGCACAGCACAGAAAGUUGUUGGAGAGAAAGCGGUUAACCCUUUUCUAACUGAUGUUGAUAAGCUGAAGCUUGACCGGAUUAAAGAGUGUGCAGAUAAAGCAGAACUUGCCUAUGGCAAGAAGGGAGGAGCUUCUUCUGGAGAUAAGAAGGAAACUAAAGCACCUACUGCUGCCCCAGGAAAACCCACAUCCGUUCAUGGCGGAGCUGGUGAGAGGGAUGUUAAAGAUAUUGCCAAACCUGGAGCACCGCCUAAAAAGGCCCCCGCUGUCAAAGCUGGAGGCCCUGUAAAGAAAGCCAAAGCCCCUGCGUCUGCAGGAGGAGCAGCAAAGGGAAAGAAAGGAGCCAUGGAGACCAAAGAAAUUAUCGAGCAGGAACUCUCUCCAGAGGCCUGUGAAGAGAAAGCAGCAGCGGUUCUCCCAGCAUCCUGCAUGCAGCAGCUGGAUAGCAGUAACUGGAAGGAGAGACUUGCAAGCAUGGAGGAAUUCCAGAAGUCUGUUGAAGUAAUGGAGAGGAAUAACAUUCCCUGCCAAGCACUAGUCAGAAUGCUGGCUAAGAAACCUGGCUUUAAGGAAACAAACUUUCAGGUUAUGCAGAUGAAGCUGCACAUAGUGGCUCUUGUUGCCCAGAAGGGAAUUUUUUCCAAAACCUCUGCCAAUAUUGUACUGGAUGGGCUAGUUGAUAAAGUAGGAGAUGUAAAAUGUGGAGGAAAUGCCAAGGAAGCCCUGAGUGCUAUUGCAGAAUCAUGCAUGCUGCCCUGGACUGCUGAGCAGGUAGUAUCUCUGGCGUUUGCACAGAAGAAUCCAAAGAACCAGUCUGAAACCCUGAACUGGCUCUCAAAUGCCAUUAAAGAGUUUGGUUUUGCAGGGUUGAAUGUCAAGGCAUUUAUCAGCAAUGUGAAAAUUGCUCUUGCUGCAACAAACCCUGCAAUCAGGACAUCUGCCAUCACCUUGCUGGGGGUUAUGUAUCUGUAUGUGGGAGCCCCACUGCGCAUGUUUUUCGAGGAAGAAAAGCCAGCUCUUCUUUCUCAGAUUGAUGCAGAGUUUGAAAAGAUGAAAGGGCAAACACCCCCAGCGCCUACACGUGGUUCCUCAAAGAAUGGUCCAGGAGGUGAAGCGUGUGAGGAUAGAGAAGAGCAAGAAGAGGAAUCACCGGCUGAUGUAAUGGAUCUUCUGCCAAGGACUGAUAUCAGUGAUAAAAUUGGUUCUGACUUGGUUGCAAAGAUCAGUGAUAAAAAUUGGAAGAUACGGAAGGAGGGUCUUGAUGAAGUUACAACCAUUCUUAAUGAAGCAAAAUUUAUUCUGCCAAACAUUGGAGAGCUUCAAAGUGCACUGAAAGGCCGGCUCAAUGACUCAAACAAGAUCCUGGUUCUGCAGACUCUGACUAUCCUUCAGCAACUUGCUACGGCUAUUGGACCCAGCAUCAAGCAACAUGUGAAACAUCUGGGGAUGCCUAUUAUAACUGUGCUAGGAGAUAGUAAGGCCAAUGUGAGAGCAACUGCUCUUACCACUCUUAAUUUAUGGGUGGAACAGACUGGUAUGAAGGAAUGGCUGGAAGGAGAGGACCUGUCUGAGGAGCUGAAGAGGGAAAAUCCUUUUCUGCGACAGGAGCUCUUGGGUUGGCUGGCAGAGAAGCUUCCCACCUUGCGUGCAGUACCUUCUGAUUUGCUGAACUGUGUUCCCUAUCUGUAUUGCUGCCUUGAAGAUCGCAAUGGGGAUGUGCGCAAAAAAGCUCAGGAGGCCCUUCCAAUGUUUAUGAUGCAUGUUGGGUUUGAAAAGAUGUCCAAAGCUACUGGCAAACUCAAGCCUGCAUCCAAGGAUCAAGUUGUUGUGUUACUGGAGAAGGCCAAAGCAAACUUGCCCUCCAAACCUGCGCCUGCUGGGAAGGCGUCUUCCAAACCACAAGGUGGAGCUGUUCAGCCAUCUGCACCAACUCCUGCUGCAGCUUCUUCAGAUUCUGGGUACUCUACCAUGGAUGCCAAACCAGAUCCAAAGAAAAGCAAACCAGGGGCUUCAGCUUCCAAAGCAAAGGUUGUUCCUGGGAAGAAAGUAGCAAGUAGUUCUAAGGCAAAGGAUGAGGAGGACCGUUCUGGCCCAAUAUUUAUCAUUAUUCCCAAUGCAAAAGAGCAGCGGAUAAAAGAUGAAAAGGGACUCAAGGUUCUGAAGUGGAAUUUCACAACUCCUCGUGAUGAAUACAUUGAGCAACUCAAAACACAAAUGUCUACUUGUAUGGCAAAAUGGCUACAGGAUGAGCUCUUCCAUGCAGAUUUCCAGCAUCACUUAAAGGGAUUAGCUGCGAUGGCCGAGCAUGUGGAGAGUGAGAAAGAAGGUAUUAUGAGCUGUCUGGACAUAAUUUUGAAGUGGCUCACUCUGCGUUUCUUUGACACGAAUACUAGUGUUCUAAUGAAGGUACUGGAGUUCCUGAAACUGGUCUUUACCAUGCUUAGCCAGGAGGAAUACCACAUGACUGACCUAGAAGGAACCUCUUUCAUCCCUUACCUGCUGCUAAAGGUUGGCGAGCCAAAGGACAACGUACGUAAAGAUGUACGUGCCAUUUUGAGUAAGAUGUGCCAGGUUUACCCAGCCAGCAAAAUGUUUAACUUUAUCAUGGAUGGGAUAAAGUCAAAGAACUCCAAGCAGAGAGCAGAGUGCCUCGAGGAGCUUGGUUGUUUGGUUGAGUCUUACGGAAUGAAUGUAUGCCAGCCAACUCCUGCCAAAGCUCUAAAAGAGAUAGCUGUCCACAUUGGUGACCGUGACAAUUCAGUACGCAAUGCUGCCCUCAACACAAUAGUAGCAGUAUACAAUGUGCAUGGAGAGCAGGUCUUCAAACUUAUUGGAAAUCUCUCUGAGAAAGACAUGAGUAUGCUGGAGGAGAGGAUAAAGCGAUCUGGGAAGAAGCAGGCUGUGGCAGUACCUGCUAAGCAAGUGGAAGAGAAACCUCAACGUGUGCAAAAUGCCAAUGCCAGUCUUCUGCGCAAACCACCUCCUGAGGACAUGUCCUCCAAACUCAACCAAGCCCGAAAUAUGGGAGGACACACCGAAACAGCCAAUUCUGUUCCGAGGGAGUUCCAGCUGGAUCUUGAUGAGAUUGAGAAUGAUAAUGGUACUUUGAAGUGUGAAAUGCCAGCACUUGUGCAGCACAAGCUCGAUGAGAUCUUUGAUCCAGUCAUGAUUCCAGAACCCAAGAUUCGAGCAGUAUCUCCACAUUUUGAUGACAUGCACAGCAACACUGCUUCCACUAUCAACUUUGUAAUAUCUCAGGUGGCCAGUGGGGACAUAAAUUCCAGUAUCCAGGCUCUAGCACAAAUUGAUGAAGUGUUGAGGCAGGAGGAUAAGGCAGAAGCCAUGUCUGGCCACAUUGAUCAGUUCCUUAUUGCUACAUUCAUGCAACUACGCAUGAUUUACAACACCCACAUGGCAGAUGAGAGAUUGGACAAAGAUGACAUUGUGCGUUUGUACAGCUGCAUCAUUGGCAACAUGAUCUCGCUCUUCCAGAUGGAGACCCUUGCUCGGGAAGCCUCCACUGGUGUGCUGAAAGAUCUCAUGCAUGGUCUCAUCACCCUAAUGCUGGACUCACGGAUAGAGGAUCUUGAGGAGGGUCAGCAGGUUGUGCGUUCUGUGAACUUAUUGGUGGUCAAGGUGCUGGAGAAAUCUGACCAGACCAACAUAUUGAGAUAUCAAAGGCUGCCUCUUCCUCCUAAAGUUGCCAGAUCGUCCAAGACUGCAAGGAUGCCUAGCUCAUCAAAAAUGAAACAAGCCAAGAAGUCCACUUAUACCUCCAAGUCGGUGUUUCAGAUCUUUUAA